AUGUUUGCUGAACGUUGGAUAUGUUUUUGUUGUCCUCACGCACACAAGCUUCAACGAAGUAUUGUACCUGUUGAGCAAGUACCAUCAAAGAAAUCUUCAAAGAGUCGAGUGAAAAAGAAAUCAGACAUCACUUUAUCUUCUGUAAUUAUUAUUCAAUCUUGGUUCCGACGGCGGCAGGCCCUCUUUGAAAUACGUCGAAAAGCUGCAUGGACUAUCUACCAAAAUAUUGAAUAUGCAGGCGAACAAGACCAACUUAAACUUUAUAAUUUUUUCUUGGAUCUAAUGCAAGCCGUAGCCAAAGAUCCACGUGAAGCACUUGUUAUUGCUAAAGUACUGCGUCGUAGUUCGAGCCUAUCAGCAACCGCUGAAGAACUCGAACUAACCGAAUCAACAUCACCAGAAACGGUCAAUAUUGAACCAUCGUAUAAAGGUUUACAUGUGCAACUUCCAAUUAAUAAAGGGCAUUUUGAAGCGCUGAUACUUGGUUUUCAACGCGGAGAGAGUCUUCAUGCUCGUUAUGUUCUAUUAAUAUUACAUGAAGUACGACGUAUUCUUAAACGUUUACCAAACAUAAAUGUUGUUUCUACACAUCAAUCGACUUGUGUUACAGUGAUCGGUGAUCUACAUGGAAAUCUAUCUGAUUUAUUGCUUAUUUUUCAUAAGAAUGGUUUACCGUCCAAUGAAAACCCGUAUAUAUUUAAUGGUGAUAUAGUCGAUCGAGGUUCUCAAAGUAUAGAAUUAUUCAUUUUAAUAAGCGUAGCAUUUAUUGUCUAUCCUACCAAUGUUUAUCUAAAUCGGGGUAAUCAUGAAGAUCAUGUAUUAAAUUUACGGUGGCUGCCUGUUGCAAGUCUUAUUGAUGAUCAUAUAUUUGUUACACAUGGUGGAAUUAGUGAUAUAACAGAUAUGACUAAAAUCAAUCGAAUUCAACGAAGUCAAUAUGUGUCAAUCUUAAGUCCAAGUUUUGUUAUUCCGGAAACAGAUGAACAAGUACAAAUCAAUAGUUUAUCAAAUGACCAAUUACUUGAAUGGCGACAAAUGCUUGAUUUGUUGUGGAGUGAUCCCAAACAAGAAAACGGUUGUGAACCAAAUACAUAUCGAGGCGGCGGAUGCUAUUGGGGUCCAGAUAUAACAGAUCAAGUGUUGAAGAAGCAUAAUUGGAGUUUAAUUAUUCGAUCGCAUGAAUGUAAAGAAGAAGGUUUUGACUAUUGUCAUGGCAAAAAGGUGCUAACAAUCUUUUCGGCAUCAAAUUAUUAUGCAGCGGGCAGUAAUCGAGGUGCUUACGUUAAAAUAUUUAAAAAUCAACCAUUAGCAAUUGUGCAAUUUCUAGCAACGAAAAAUACAGUUAAACCGUUAACACUGUGGGAAAGAGUCUCGCAUGUGGAAGAACAAGCUCUUAGAAAUCUUAUGGAAAAAUUCAGCGCAAAUCAAAGUCGACUUAUGAAAGAAUUUCGACUCAAAGAUCCUCACCAAUCGGGUCGCAUUGCUAUUAACGAGUGGUGUGACAUAGUAACACAUGUCCUUGAACUACAAUUACCAUGGCGAACAUUAAAAUCACGUCUUGUCGACAUCGAUAGCAACGGAUUAAUUGUUUAUGAAUCAUCUUUUCGUUCACGUGAAUUACAAUGUUGUAUAAAUUCUCAAGUCAUUAAUAGACGACAAAGUCUUUGCCAAACCAUUUAUCGAAAUAAAGAUUUACUUGAAACAGUCUUUCGAGCGAUCGAUAAAGAUAAUUCAGGUGUUAUUUCCAUGCAAGAAUUCACUGAUGUAUGUGUAUUUCUUGGUAAUCACAAUGGUUCGAAAUUCGACGAAAAGCAAAUGACGGAUUUAGCAAAAAGCAUUGAUCUUGAUAAGAAUGGUGUUAUUGAUUUUAAUGAAUUUCUUGAAGCAUUUCGUAUUGUUGACAUUGGUCUUCGUACUUCAAACCCUACUACAUAA